AUGCUAUGGCAGGAGCUGGUUUUAGUUAAAGUUCAAGUGGGGGCUUUUCCGUGGCUCAUUGCAGGUGACUUCAAUGUUGUGCGGUGUCAACAAGAGAAAUGGGGAAAUUGCAUUCAAAGUUUGGAGAUUGAGGAUCUGGCCUCUACAGGUUUCUUUCAUACAUGGUCGAACAAGCGAGCGGGUGAGAAUUUUAUCUCCAAAAAGUUAGACCGGGUCAUGGCUAAUUUUGGUUGGAUUAAGGCUUUUGUAGAUACUUUUGUUGAUUUUUUUGAAGGGGGAAUAUCAGACCAUUCCCCUACUCUAGUUUCGAUAGAAGAUUAUAUUAGCUAUGGUCCCAAAUCCUUCAAGUUUUUCAACUUUUGGUUUGACCAUGGGCAGUUUUUGGAUUGGAUUAAGGAGGGUUGGAAUUCUGAAGUUCAUGGCUACUCUAUGUUCAAACUGUAUUCAAAACUGAAAGGUGUUAAACAGAUAUUGAAAGCCAAGAACAAGGAAUUUUUUAAUGGUUUGGGGGAGAGGGUUGUUCUAGCUCGGAAGGCUCUUGCUAUGGCUCAAGAAGAGAACUUUUUGAAGCAAAAAUCCAGAAACCAAUGGCUGAAUUUGGGUGAUGGAAACAAUAAGUUCUUCCAUACAAAGGUUAAGGUGAGGAAUUCCUUUAACAUGAUUAAAUCUCUUAAGGAUGAGGAGGGGAAUGUAGUGGAUGAUAUGAAGGGUAUAAAAAAUUUAGUGACUGAUUUCUAUAUGAAGUUGUUGGGAGAGACUUCUCAUGCUUUUACUCAAAGUAAAGCUGAACGGGUUUCCAAACUCAUUCAGAACAACUUCCCUUCAUCUUGGAUUUCUGGAACGGAGGCAGAGAUUACUAGAGAGGAAGUUAGGAAAACAAUCUUUGCUAUGAAUCAAAACAAAGCCCUGGGUCCCGAUGGUUUUUUUGCAGGGUUUUACUAUAGAGCUUGGGCUAUGGUAGGGGAUGAUGUCACGGAUGCAGGGGUGGAGUUUUUAAAAUAUGGCCGGUUGCUUCGAGAGACUAAUGCAACCAUCAUUACACUUGUUCCCAAGAGGAAAAAUCCUUCCUCUGUGGGUGAUUACAGACCUAUUUCUUGCUGGAGAAGUAUAGCUGAAAAUAUUCUCUUUGCACAAGAGAUAGUUUGUGACUAUCAUAAGCUCAAUGGUAAACCAAAGUGUACUCUUAAGGUAGACCUUAUGAAGGCAUAUGACUCGCUAUGGAGGUUGUCUUUGUUGUUGGUUGAUUCUAUUGGUAUUGUUUCUAGGUUCGGCUUUCAUCCUAGAUGCCAUUCUUUAGGACUUACUCAUUUGUGCUUUGUGGAUGAUUUGUUCAUUUUCUCAACUGCCAACUCAAGUUCUAUUCGACGUAUUCUAGCAGUUUUGAGUGAUUUUGAGGAGCUUUCCGUGUUGAAGGCAAACCCUGCUAAGAGUUCUUUUUUCUGCUCGGGUGCGUCUAAUGAUACUAAGCAGGAGUUGCUGGAUAUUUUGCAAAUGGUUGAGGGGAAGCUUCCGGCUAAACUUAUCUCCUCGGUGCUUUUCAGUCUCCAAGUAUUUUGGUCUAGCAUUUUUAAUCUCCCUAAGGCUAUUUUAAGGCUUCUUGAGGAAGAGCUUAAUGGGUUCUUAUGGGGUGGAAAAGAUGAGAAGGCUAAGGCUAAGGCUAAGGCUAAGUUCAAAGUAGGUAAUGGAAGCAGAAUUUUUAUGUGGCUUGAUGUAUGGCAUCUGGAUGGGUGUCUACUUGAUAAAUAUGGGCCUAGAACUGUCUACGAAGUAGGUAAUUUGUUGGAUGCUAAACUAUCAACUAUAAUUUGCAAUGGAGAAUGGUAUUGGCCUCAUGCAAGAUCGGAUAGAAUUGUGGAUUUGCAAAGCAAGCUCCGGAGGUGGAGAGGAAGUAUGGAGAAUAGAGAACAUCUAUUCUUUCUAUGUGGCUUCAGCAAACGAAUAUGGAAGGAAGUGAUGGCUCUUUGUUUGGUAAGGCAGCUGAGGAAUUCUUGGGAAGAUGUCGAAAAUUGGAGCAGAAAAGAAUUAAGAUCAGAUUGCCUGACAUCUAGACUUUGUAGAUUGUGCUUGGGGGCUGCUGUCUAUCACUUAUGGAAGCAUAGGAACGGCAUUUUACAUGGGAAUAGUCUUAGUUUUGAGGAGCAGAUUGUAGCAAAGAUUAAAUGGGAUGUUAGGGCCUGUAUCGUGAGUAAAGGUCCUUACAAAAAGUCAGUAGAGAAUAUGCAGCUUGCUAGUUUGUGGAAUCUUCAAAAGAUUGUUCAUUAG